UGCUCUGUUUUCUUUCCCUUCUGCAGCCGAACACCACCAGCCUUCACCAACACCUACUCCUCCCAAAAAUUGGAAUCCCAGAUCUGCUCUGCUUCUCUACUUCCUGCCGCCGGCCAUAACUGGGUGUGAGUUCGGUUUUUCCUGUGGCCCCGUGGAAGUCCCCCAAUUUUUCCCGCCAGCUCUUCCCCUCAAUCUGUAGCUCCAGCUUGUUAGUUGAGGAUUUUUGGUCCUUGAUUGUCCUAUGGCCUUAGCACUGGGAUUAGGCCUUCUGUCCUGUGUAAUUAAGGUAAUGAGACCCGACGCGUGGGAAGCCCGGGGGAGUGACGAGCUAGAUGGCUAAGCACUUUUGGACUUAGGUUUUUGUAGCUAAGCCGUUAGUCACCCAUGCUUGACAUAGAAAAUUUUGUGUACAGAAUUUAGUGUUAGUCAUGAUUGUAUAUAUGAAGUAAUAAAUUUUGUACAUUCGACUGUUUUCUGUAAUACCCCAAAAUUUUCUAGAAUAUUUAAGUGUAAGUUAAGGACUAAAUUGUGGAAAAAUAUUGUUUUGGGAUUAAUAACCAAAAUAUCCAAAGUUGAGGGGCUUAAAAGAGUAGAAAUUUGGACAAGGAUGGCUUAUUUCUUUUCUCCUUUUCCUCUUUCUUCUCAGCCCGAUUCUGCUCUUCUUCUUCUUCUCCCCGUUGCAGCCCACCCGAAAGAAGAAAAAAAAAGGGAACCCAGCCAUGCCUUGGAAAACCGAAAUCCCAGAUCUACUCUGCUCCUUCCUUCCUCACCGCCGGCUGCUCUUGAUUGUGGGUGCGAAUUUCUCUAAUUUUUGGGUAAGAAACAGCCACCAAUCCCUUUGUUCUUCCUUGAAUUGGCUUGGGUUUACCGAAAUUUCUCUUGGUUUCUCCAAUUUCCGGUAGAUUCCCCCUGAAUUUUCCCUGCAUUCCCGCCGGCUCCUCCCCAAGUUGCAGCUCCGGCCUUGCUUGCUGGAUUCCGUGAUUGGUGAAUUAUGAUUUUUCUGUUAACUUCAGCCUGUUUUGUCUCCGAUGUGGUCAUGUUAUUAGUGACCCUGCUAGUGGAGGUUAAACGCUAGCACAUGUCGACAUGUUAGUGAUAGAACAGAAUGUAUAAGGCAUCCAUGCACUCAUUCAUUCAUGAUUCGUACAUCUAUUGGAUGCUUAUCCGUCUUUGAUAGAGUUCAAAGCUUUGUUGUACUUGUCUUUAAAUCCAUGCCAUUCUUUGCCAAAUCGUCUUGUGUUGGGUUUAUAGUGUAACCCCAUAAUCGUUCUUUUGUGGCUUUGGCAGGAUUUAUUUUUAUUCCUUGUGCUUCUCAUAUCACCCCAGCCUCCAGUAGCUGGUUUUAUGGUAAAUCCUGUUAAGUAGUUAAUGUUCUGCUUUUAGGAUUAGUUGUGGUUUGUUAUCAAAGUGGCGCAGCGGAAAUGUAGUAGGCCAUGUUCUGUUCAUAAAGAGUUGGUGAGGCA